GCAGCACAAACAUAUUGAACGUUUUUGUGCUUGCUGUGGGUGGCUUUGAAGUGAUUGCUUCUAGGAUGCUUCACUGUCGAGCAUUGACAGAGUCAUAUUAGUCCUACAGUCUUGAAUUGACUUUCUAAUUAGUGGUGAUUCAAGAGUCUUCUCUUAGGUUUUUUUAAUGUUAGAGGAGAAGACUCCAAAUCACAGAGUGUUUUGCCAAAUUACAUUCUGUUUCUACAUGCAAGGAGGAAUGACUGUCAUGUUGCGGCUACUUUGUCUUUUAGGCAAGAACUGCAAAGUUUCUGCAUUGCUCUAAACUGAAAUUUAAUGUACUGUUUGUAUUCCUUUGAACUAAUUUCAUUUAAAUUAUGUCUCUUAACGUUCCAAACUGAUUAGCUUUGCUUCACAGUAUCCCAGUUCUGGAUGUUCAGUCUUGUAUUCUGGGUAAACUGGAGCUAGUCUGUCGACAAGUGGGCUGCCACCUGGCCAGUAUCUAACUCAUCACGUAACCUGAAGCAGGAACACUGUUCUUAUGACACUGUGAACAUUCAUACUUCUCAGGCUUGAAGUAUGUGCACAGUGGUAGCAGGAAAUGUUUCAUUAGCAUCAAGUUGAAGUUAAUUAUGGAGGACUGUGUUUAGGUUUAAACUGGCAGUUAAGUGCAAAUUCUAAGCAGAUCUGAUUGAGCUGCAGCAGAAGAAAACUUGGACAGCAGCUAGCUUUCCUAAUAGCUGGUAUGUAUUUAUGUUCAAAAGAAAAGUUGCAUCUUUCUGUUUUAAUCGUUAGCUCUAACCAACGUGGACCCGUAGAACCUGAUUCUGUUUGCAUCCCGUUGGGCAUCUCUACUUGUUUUACUUUUCACCAUGGAAAUGCACAUAGCUGAGAUGAGAAUCAAGACAGUCACUUCACUGCAGCGGUAGUGAUGAAUAAUGCUUGGUGCAACACCAUACAAAACCGCAUUUCUGAUCAAUGAACAUAAAACUGGAAGAGGAAAUAGAUAGCUUUAAAAGAAGAAAAUACAUGCCUUUCAGUCAGUUAAUAAUUCCCAAUCCAGAAUCGUGUACAAAUGAAAUGUUGCUGUGGUAAUUGUUCUGAUUUACUUUGGCUAUUCAGCAGCAAUUUCCUCCAUGUGGAGACACUGUUCAAUAACAAAGGAAACAGAGUGAAAAGCACUCUUCCAGAAUAGCUAUUGUGGAGUAGUUAUGCUGGAAGAGCUGCCCUGGUCAGUUUUUCUCUGUAGACAGCCUGUGUAUACUCACUGGUUGCAUCUCAUUAAAAUCACUGCAGAAACUGCCACAUUCAGUUACUGGAUGAAGAAAGGUUGUUUCAUAUUUUCUAUUGGUUAUUUUUCAUACUUGGCUAUAAAUAUUUAGUGACAGGCCAAUCUAACUUGGUCUGCUGCAGUGAAAGCCAUUUUCCUGCAACAUUAAGCCCAAAGGGGAAGUGUAUAGUACUGUAACUCGGAUGCAGUAAGGCAUGAUGGCAACUCUUUUUUGUUUUGUUUUGUGUAUGUAUUUGGGAAAUGAAAUGCGUUCGGCUAAGUCGUUUUCCUUGCUUGUACAUCUUUUCUCAUUCCCUACUUGGUUAUGCCAUGUAGUAUGAUGGGUGUACUGUGUAGGUUACACAGCGGUAUGGUUACAAUUCAUGUUUUUGUAACUGAAGUGAUAUUAACUAAUGCACAUGCUGGUAACAGCAAGUCAUGCUGGUAGAUUAUAAAAAUUGAACUGUAUCUUCAGUGGGCAAUUGUAUGGUCAACCCCAGCCAAGCAGUAGAGGGUCUUAGAGCUGCUAACUCUGGGCACUGCGUUCCCAGAUGUCCCGUUGAUACGUUUCUAGUAGGCUCUGUUAGAGCAAAUCCUACAAAAACCUGUAUUCAAGAUACUAUAAACAGGAGUGCCUCAUUACCAGUUGAUUUAUGUGUUGGGGGGUUUUCUACUUCAAUUUAUGAAGACUUUCUGAUUAAAAAAAAAAGACAAAACCACAGAAUAUUUUAUCUGGACUUAUUCCAGUGCAAUUGGCCAUCAGGGAAUAAUUUGCCACAGUCAAAUCUUGUAUUGCACCAGAGGCAUCCAAGACUGGUCUGUAAAAAGCACAUUCCUGCUAGAAGAAGAUGUCGUUGCAUAUUUUAUAUGUUCUUUUUCCUGAGAAAUCUCAACCCAAGCAAAUGGAAGCCUACAGGCAUUCAAAUCUCUGUAGAGGGACCUGUUUAGCAAUUGUCCUUUUUCUUCCCUCACACGUUUCAGGACAGCAAGGAAAAACAUUGCAGUGCUACAUCAAGACUUGAUAGAAAUCAGGCCACUCUGUACUUAAAUACUACUUCAAAGCAUACGUCAGAUGGGACACACACAAAAGAAAAGAGGGUAUAUGUAAUGUUAGAAGCAGAGAUGAGUGUCUCGCAUGCACACAGUAUAUUUGUGCUAUGGUAAAUAAGCUUUGUUUUUGAUUUUGGUUGGAGUUAAGGAAGUAGCAGUUACAGAGUAGAAGAGCUAGGAGGAGAUAGCAGAGCGCUUGGGUGUUGGAGAAGGAGAGGAUGUGACAAGCCAGAGUGAAACUGAUAUCAGAAGAUCCUGCAUUUCAGACUUCUUGUAACAGCUUAUUUUGUCCACAGCUGCAGACCCUCCAAGAUGCUGCUGUUCUGGGUCUUGUGGGAGAUCAGUUUAUUUUGCCUGGAAAGCCGAAUUACAUUUGUUCCAUCAUUCUAUGUAAUUUUGAGGAGUAGAAGCUAGAAUGUCCUUGAGAGCUGGUGGAGUCCUAUUUGUGUUCAGGGACAAAGGGUGGCUCUCAGUAACCCCUGUUUUACCAUCUCCUUUUCCAGUGCCCUAAGGCCACUUUUUCUUGCUUUUCUGUUGGCUCUAGGCUCUGCUGGCUGCAGCAUUGCUCAGCAUCUGAUACGGCCUAGGUGGCAAAAAUGUGAGCCUCAGUUACAAAAUGGAAAGGAAUCUACUUCCAAACACUGAAGAUGACAGGUCUUGCCCCUACUUGGCAAACACAUGGUCAGGUUUGUCACAUCCCACCUUCCUUCCCCGUGCACUGUUCCAUCUCAAAUACUUCUAGUUACAUCCACAUUGCUGAAAUGCACAUAUUAGUUAUUUGCACUCACAAGAUAAGUAAUAUUUCUGUUAGGUUUUUUGCUUUCUAGGAAAAGUUAAAGCAUAACCUUUAUGUUAUGUUAAACCAGGUGCAAACUAAAAUGAAAGCUAAAGAAAAUAGUUCCUCUUUCAUGCGAGUAUUUAUCUUGUUUGAGAAAGUCCCGCUGAUGAAUGUAGCGAUGCCAGUACCCUGACCUUUUCUUUUUUUUUCUGUUGUGUGAGAAUUCCAUAGCGGCUCCUCGGAAAGGAAAUUUUUGCAGUUCACUUUUUUUAAUCACUAAAUCAGGUAAAAGAAUCACUUGCACUCUUAAAAAUAAGUCUAAAAUUAAUUGUGGUAUCCACAGUUGUCAUAUUUGUUUUGUUAGUCCAGCUGUACUGUGGAGCAAUUUUCCUACUGAGAAGUAAUUUUUUAUUCACAGUUAGAAAAUAAAUUAGGUGUGUUUUAUUCUGUGAUAAUAAAUAAGCGUGCUAAGAGUCCUAGAGUUAGUACCAAAUUUUUGGUGGUUUUGUUUGGGUCAUAGCUAGACAAAAUUCAUGUCUAUGAUUGUACAGAGCUCAUAGAACACCACUGACUGUCAUAAGAAGUUGAGGUCUGUUACACUGAAGUCAGGUAGUGGAUAAAAAGCCCAAGCGAUAGCAUGCUUUCCACUUUGUGUUUGAGUCGGAAGAGAGGAAGAUUCAUGAGUUAGGCACAGCAAAAGUGCCAUUUCCAUUUUUGCCAUAAUUUUCUUUUGGCACACCUGUAGCUUUCUACAAUGUCUGUUAUGAUUUGAAGAUUGUGAAAAGGCAAUUGGGAGUUAAAACUUUUUUUUAAAAAAAAGAAUCUGAUAAUGUCUUUGACUUAGUACUUCAGAAUGUUGUUUCAAAUUAAGUUUUCAUAAAAAAUAAAUAUAAAUGGGUUUUACUCCAUCUUCUGAUUCCAGUGCAGCAGAAUUACAAACUCAUUUGACUACCUUGAGUUUCACACAUAUUCUCAUCAAUGCUCCUGUAGAUUAGUAAACUUUCCCAGCUGACAGUAACACCUCAGAAGUGCUGCUGUCUCACUGAUACUUGCUACAAGCUCUCACGCAAGGCUGACAGACGGGUGAGGAAGAGGGAGGGGAUUUAGGGCCUCUGUUUAAACAUUUCAAUUGUAUUUUUCAGUAUGCCUCCACUGCUGUUCUUUCAAUGCCACAGAGAAAAGUUUUGGGAAGAUGGAUUUGUGGAAAGCAUUCGGAAGAGACUGGCUAUAACUAUUGUUUCCUCUCCAAGAACAGAGUGCCUCUGUGCUGAGCAGCUGCUCUGCAAUCAUCUCCAGCACCCCGGGGACAAAGACACCCUGAUGCAAGUGCUAAUAGUCCUGCGUGAUGAUCAUAAUUUUACUAAGACUUCUUUUGACAAUGUGUUUUGGCACCUUAGCUACAGAUCCCAAUAAUAUAAGAGUCAUCCAAAACCCAGCAAAAAUAGAUCUAUCAGUUGGAGACCAUGCUGAAAUAGCCUGUGUUUGGGAAAAAUCUGUUGUAAGGUAUAGAAUAAGCUGGUAUCUUGUUAAUAAAGAGAACAUCACCAAAACUAUAUCAUCAGAACUUUUUUAUGUUUCCAACGUCACCCGUCAAAGCAUGGAUGUGCUGGUGAUAAAAUCUGCCAGUAGAAAUGACACGGGAUUUUACUACUGUGAGAUAAUUAUUGAAAUACCUUUCUGUAAGAAAGUAUGUGGAAAUGGAACAACAGUGACUGUUGAAGAGAAAGGAGCUCUCUUGAAAAAGAAAGAUUUGUCAAUAUGGGCCAUCAUUCCUUUCUUAAUGUCAGUGGUGGGAAGCUUGUAUCUUUGCUUCUGUCCCUGCAGAAAGAAACAGCACUCAAAACUUUCUGGUUCUGCACAACCUCCUGCGCUGGCAGGAAGGCACCAGGAGGAGCAGAAGCUCGAAGUUGCAGAACUUCAUGGGAGAAAUGAAUCCACCAAUGAAGCAGAUGAGGAAAACUCAUCAUGUAGUUCUGCUGAAUGGGCUGUGUCUACACUUUAUGAAUCACUUGAUGUUUUUUGCAAUGAAUCAGAAGGAAAAGAUGACAAAUCCACUGCGACAAUUGUAUCCAGUGCAGCAGAUGAGCAAAUCCCACAAAACUAGGGCAGCUGAAAAGCCUAGAACAAGACAAGGAUCUGCCAUCUACUUUGACAUUCAGAACUGAAAGGAUGACGUCAUAAACAAAAUAUGGCAAAAUAACUAUGAAACUGAAAACAAUAUGAUAAUUUGCUGCUGAAGGAUGCAUUAUGUGAGUUUCCGGUCAGAAGCAUAUCAGUGGGACAAUAUACAAGAAAAAAGGUUGGUUCCAAACAGUCUCUGAAUGUUUUGUCACUAACAAAACACAGUAGGGAGUCUGAAUUUGGAGGGUAUGUCAUUUUAGAAGACUGUCUUCAACUCUUCCUGCUGUGUCCAGAAAUAAUAAAGGAUGUAUUAUCAACCUUUGAAAAGUCUUCUGGACUGAACAACAUUCUCCAAAAAAAUCAUUUCUUCAGGCAGCCCAUGUAUAAAUAACAGAAGGUAGAGAAAAAAAAUGCACAUGGUGGUAAUCGUUUGACCAAAUAGACACGAUAGACUACACACAGGAUGGAGUCUGAUCUCUGAAACUGUCAUCGGUGCUGACCACAUCAUAGCCGGAGUGGUAGGCCAGAAAGGAUCAUAUUCAUGUAGAAAGGGAAUGUUAAUUCAUUCACACACUCUACUUAAGAGUAGGAAGGCUCUACAGAGGGACCUGGACAGGCUGGAUCAAUGGGCCAAGGUCAAUUCUAUGAGGUUUAACAAGGCCAAGUGCUGUGUCCUGCACUUGGGUCACAACAACCCCA